AUGAGUUUUGAAUUUGUUUUAAGGCUGGUAAUCUGGCAUGAUAUUUUGGGUCAAGUUAAAAUUGUAAACAGAAUUUUACAAGAUCCUAAAAUGGAUUUAGAUGCAUCGGCUAGCAGCUUAGGGAGUCUUAUCACUUUUCUAGAAAAAUAUCGUACAAAUGGAUUUGAAAACGCCAAAUUGGUUGGAAUAGAAAUCGUUGAAUCUAUUGGUGCCUGGUGGAACUGCUAA